AUGGCAACACAAUAGUGAGGCUCCUGAAUACAUUUCUGGUCAAGUGCUGAAAAACUGCGAACUGAAACAUGUAAAAGAAGAAACCAUAACAGGUCCGAAGAAAACGUGUUGUUCCAGUAUGCCCGUUUUGCCCUCCAUCAGUGCACUCACUAACGACGAUGGACUUGUUCACCUGUGGCAUCUGCAAGCUGACAUUCCACCAGCUGGAUACUUUCUUAGAACACAAACACAAACAUGAUUUUCAAAAGCAACCAGGUAUAAGAAGUGGAAGUCCCGAGAGGAAAACUGAACCUGUGGACCAUGUUUUUCCCAACAUUAAGGCCUCUUCAGCAAGCAACAGUUCCACUUCUCCUUUCCUGAACAGUGUCCCAAGAAUGGAGUGUCCAUCACUGCAUAAAGAUUCACCAGAGUUUCUUUCCCAGGUUUCAGAAUACUCAAUCACUCCAAGAUGCACUGUGUCCAGUGUAGUUGUUUCCCCACACUGUAAGUCUGCUACUUCAAAAUUAUUAGAUGUAAAUACAAGCAGACUUCUUGAAGUAGUAGCUCCAAGGUCUGAAGAAAGCACGUGUAUAGAAACAGGAUCGUUUGAGGGUGAAGAUGGAGAUGUCAUUCUUAUUGAAAUUUCAGAGAACAAAAAACAGGAGGGUGAGCUGAAGGCAAAAGUUUGUAGGCCAGAUUUUGAGGGUUCUGAAGCCUCUCACAUGAGCUCCAUCACUAGAUCAGAGAAGCUACUGCCCAAGAAUAAUGAAGAAGAGGAGUCAAUCAGUAGUUCUUGCUGCAGUGGACAUGUCAACAGCAGUGUGGGAUUUGAAUGUAGAAGCAGUGAGGAAGAGAGUGACCAUAUCCAAACACACUUCCCAUCUAGUACAAGUACCUGGGAGGAUCCAGCAGAUGGAAGAAGGAAGAAUGUAAAAUCCGAUUCAUGUAUAAGUUCUGGGCAUCCACGUGCAGUGAGUGAAGGCACCAGUACCGAGGCUUCCCGCUUGAGCAGUGUUUCACAUCCCAUUGAAAUGUGUAUCACUCAGAGCUGUAAUGUGUUCUCAACAGUGUAUGGAGACAAGAAAAUGAUUGCAGAAAACAGUAGAGAAACAGAGAAAAAGCUGGUCCACACUAGUCCACAAGGGAGGAGUUGGACAUCUGAUUCCAUCACGUACACAACUCCGUCAAAUGUAACUCACACCACACCUGCUGAACCAAAAGAUAUGAAUUACUGCCAGGAAAAACUGUCUGUGAAUAGAUCUGACAUGAUAUAUGAAUAUGCUUACAGAGAUAAACCAAAAAUAGAUCUUGAAGUUAAAGGCCCAUGUGAAGACAUUCCUCAUGAAAGUGGGAUUAACAGCAUGGGGGGUAUGAACAGUGUAGGUAAGGUUUCAAAGAAAGUGGUGCCAGGUGACAGAACCACUGCUGAUGGAGAGCUUCCACUAAGUGUGAGAAGUGAAGCUACUGUUGUGGCAGGGAACAGUUGCAGUGAAGAGAUCUUUGUGGGACACCAAGAUGGCUCAGCUUCUGAUGGCAGCAUGACACAAGGGCUUGGGGAGGGAGCUUUGCUGAAUAGUGAGAGCAUGAGCCUUGCACCUGGGGACUGUUCAGAGUUGGAGUAUACACCCUCCCCAGGAAUCUACACCCUUAUACUCAAUACUGACAACACAUUCAGCUUGGUCUCUGAAGGGUGCCAGGUUCCAGCCACCCAGACCUGUAAUCCUGUUUUUGUGUGUUGGCCAUGCCAGAAGUUUGCACCAUCACAGGCUGAGAUCUUGAGCCACAUCUCAGCAAACCAUCCACAAGAUCUAUCCAACAUAAAUCAGUGCAUGUUUGAAUUGAGUCCUCUUUCUCCACCUCAUGGCAAUAACACAGUGGAGGCUGUCCAACAUGUCAAUGGGAGGAAGGUACAAAGAAGAUUGGGUCGUCCACGAAAAGAAGAGUUAAUAGAUCAGAAAGAGCCUCUGCCAGUGAGAAGAAAAUUCAAGGUAGAGGUAAAUGGUACACUCUGCCUUGUCUGUGAUAAGCUUUUCCCAAAGCAGCGACAGUUUGACAAGCACCGGUGCAGUGUAUGGCAGGAUGACCAGCUUCCCCAAGACCAGUCACUUUCUAAGCAUCCUGCUAGCCUCUUGACCUCUUCAGAGGGAGGAGCAGAAGAAAUCUCUAACCUUGAGGCACCCCAAAAGGAGGAGGCUGAGGAGGAAGAGUGGCAGAGAAGUGCCACUUGCAAGCCAAGAGGUAGAGGAGCAGAGAAGAGGAAAAGAGGACGACCUCCUAAAGUGGACCAACUCAGAGGAGAGACAGUGGAUAAAGAAGCUUUCACUACAGUGCAUCUUCCUAAAGAAGAGAACGAUGAAGUCCUGCUGAGAGACAGAAGUGACAAGCAGCAGCCAUUAUCCUCCUCCCAGUCUAUCCUGAAUUCCACUAAGUGUAACUCUGACAUAACCCAGAAUGUUUGCCCAUCACGCUUUCAGCACAUUCCCACCCUUCCACUCUUCUCCAAUCCUCACCAGAAGGAGCGACUCCACAAGUGGAUUGCUCAGACUGACCUCAGUUUUGUGGAUGACAUUAUAGACAAGGUUUACCCCGAGAAGAAAUUGUCAGAAAAGCGAGAUGCCCCUGCCAUGUUCACGUGUCGUGAGUGCAAGUUGCUGUUCCGUACUCUUACUUCCUGCAGGCGGCACUGUGCCAAACACAUGACAAAGAAGGCCUUCACGUGCCCAGACUGUGACUUUGCUACUGCCAACGUUGGAGGGUUGUACUCCCACUACCGUAACCACACCCAAAACCUUUAUGCUUGUGACAAGUGUGAUUUUCGGGCUCGAAUUAAAGCCCAUUACCGGGAUCACUUGGAGACCCACAACCCGUGCAGGCAUAUCUGUCGCAUAUGUCAAAAACCCUACAGCACCUCUAGCUCCCUCAGGAGCCACAUUUACCUCAACCACAGGAAUGAGGAGGGCAUGAAGUACGUGUGGUGGCUGCGUAGGAAAAACCAGGAACAGGACAAAAAAAAUGUGGUGUUUCAGUGUCCACUGUGUUAUCAGCUGUUUAGUGAGCUGUCCCUUGCCAACCAGCACCUUGCAGCUCAUGAACACAGUGCACCUCAAGAAGUUACAAGAUGCGAGGUGUGUGGCUUAGAGCCUCUCUCCCGGGGAACACUCAAGAAACACCUUACAAAGCAUAAAGUUGUCUACAUUUGCUGUACUUGUGGUAAACCACAGGUAACUGCCAGCUGUCUUCGGAGUCAUCUCAGAGAAGGAACCUGCAGCAGUUAUUCAAGAGAGGAUAGCUUAAAGCUCUCUCUCCUGUACUCUUACACAUCCUCAGGGACACUGCCAAGUCUCAUCUCCAGCAAGGUACUUGGCAUGGGGCCUCUUCUACAAGAUAUGGAGAACUACAUCAGCCACCAGCAGCUGCCCGACACCAAAGUUUGCAGCGAGCUUAGACACCAAAUGGAGGCUGCUGGAUACAGACAAAUAUCUGAACUACUUCUAGACAAGCUUGCUGACUUGACAGCCUCAUCUUGCAGAACAGAUCUCAUGAAAAUAGUCAUCAGCACAAGAUCUGGUACUACUGACUAGCAAGAGGUUAAGGGGCACUGUCGCAAAUUUUACUUACUUUCUCAAUAAGGCAGGCCUUUUCAAUAAAAAGUUUAUGCAACAACACAGUACA